CUGGUCCCACAGUGUGACCUGGGUCCCUGUACGGCCUCCCAUUGCUCCCACUCUGCCAUAUGCCACUUUGAGGUCUCCUCACACUCCUGCGGUUUUCCAUUUUGUCAUAGGUUGCUGGCAGAUUACAGGCCUCCCAUAGGUGCCGCCAGGCCCCAAAUCGGCCAUGGGCCCCCGUACCGCCUGGUCACGCUGCUGCUGGGCCCACAGUGUGACCUGGGUCCCUGUACGGCCUCCCAUUGCUUCCACUCUGCCAUGUGCCACUUUGAGGUCUCCUCACACUCCUGCGGUUUUCCAUUUUGUCAUAGGUUGCUGGCAGAUUACAGGCCUUCCAUAGGUGCCGCC